AUGGACUCGCAGCCAGGAAAUCCCAAUUUUAGAUCCAACAGAGUCCCGUUGCCCAAUGAGGUUAUUGCUCUCAGAUCCCUGGUCGAUGCCGAGACAACAGCGCUCGAAACAAUCAAAACGUCCCUUACGAGGGCUCAAGACACAGUAAAUUCCGCCCAAAAGCGAGUAACAGAAGCAAAGCUCGAACUCGAGGCUGCAAUAUCUGCACUCGCAGCCUCGAGAGCAUCUGUACAGACAUUGGAGGCAUUGCUUGCACCAAUCCAAGCUUCGAUACAAGAAAAGAAGGCCGUCCUGCACCCACUACGCCGCCUCCCGCCGGAACUCUUACUCGAGAUAUUCCAGUUCCGGGUGGACCAAGACGAGUCAGAUCGCAUCGCACAGUCUGAUUUAGAUGGAGAAUGGGGUCCUUGUGAUGCUGUCCUUCGCUUGGGCGCAGUAUGUGGGCGGUGGAGGAGCGUCGUACGUGGACCUGGGGCGAGCAGCCUUUGGCAGUACUUCAACGUUAGCCUUACAAAGUACAUCACUCGGUUCAUCAAUUCUCAAGACUCGAACCCCUUCCUAGGACGGCUACAUCUAUGGGCUAUGCACUCUGGGGAUCGAUCUGUCGACGUCGCAAUCCGGGAUAUCGGAGAUGCUCUAGAUCCAGAAGGGAUCCGAGGGGCCGUAAUGUGGCGGCGGAUCCUCAUCGUCCUCGGCCCUCGAAUCCGAAAGCUGCAGACGCUCUUCACCGGCGUGAGCUCCAUUCCUCAAAUCCUCGGCCCCAAUAUGUCAGCAGACCUCAUCUCAUUGAAGCACAUUGCCGUGCACGUUCACGACACCAUCACUCCGGGAUUGGCCAAAAUUCCCCAAGGAGCAUUCCGUGAUUCCACCGGUCUGGAGACCAUCCAACUGCGCAAUGUAUGGUGGGAUCAGGAGCUCCGUCUUCCGGAUCUCAAAGUUUUUGACGUCUACAACCCUGAAUGGCGCAUCAGCCCCCGCCAAUUCCUUAGUACGCUUCGAGAGUGUCCCAACCUCCGCGAGCUCCCUAUCGAAUUCGAACACAAACCCGUGAUAAACCAGCACCGUCUCUCGACCGUCCGGUUCGAGCACCUGGAAUCGUUGCAUACGACUUGCGAGUGGAUCACGCUUGCGGGGCCAAUUCUUUGCAAGUUUAUGAUCGCACCCAAGCUGAAGAACGUCCAGCUCUAUGGUCGUGGUGACAUACAAGUCAUCACUGGAUUUCUCGAAAAUGUUGCCCCGAAUCUACAACACCUCCAUCUCGGCACACCGCAAGUACAAGGCGAUGAACCAGAGCUCGAUCUUGUGUCGGUCAUCAAGUCCGCACCUAACCUAAUCGAGUUUGCCGUCGACGGGGUAGUGCUGAAUGCCGCUUUUUUCGACGCCAUCUCGGAUGAGUCCGAGGGCGUUCUCGUCCCCAUGCUCACGUCGCUGGUGAUCAAGAACUCGACAUUUUCGGAUCCAAAUGCACUGCUCAGAAUGAUCGCAGCAAGGACACGACCUGGUCUCAACUCACACCACAGCUUUCCGCGAAGGCUCAUGGUGCUCGAGAUUCAAGGAGGAAAGGACAUGGGCAUCAAUCUCUGGCAUGAGCAAGAAAUUGACGAACUCAUGAUGCGAGAUGAUGAUACGGAGAACGAGGCAGAAGGGUCGCCACCGACAAUUCCAGAAUCUAACAUGGCCGACACAAUACCUGCCACGGAUAUGGCUAGUCAGAUAUCAUGA